AUGGCGGCGAAUAUAAAUCCGGCACCCGCCUGCUUAAAAGCAGAUGUGUGGGAGCACUUUGGUUUUAAAAAAACAAAGGAAAGCAACGACUUGGAUAAAAGCGUCGCGGUUUGUAAGCUAUGUGGCACUAAAGUUAAGUAUUCCGGCAAUACCACAAAUUUACGAGCGCACCUAAAACGUCACCACCUGGACAAGUUUAUGCUUACGGAGGACCCAAAGCAGCAGCGGCCGCGUGACCCAAAACAAACUACGCUGGACAUUGAUGGCGGUUGUUCCCACAAGUUUCCGUCUGCUUCACCAAGGUCGCAGAAAAUUACAGAGUCCAUUGCCUACUUUAUUUGCCAGGAUUUGAGACCAUAUUCAGUGGUGGAAAACCCCGGCUUUAGGCGCAUGGUGAACGCGAUGGAGCCCCGCUAUCCGAUUCCAACCCGCGAACACCUCACCAAGGUUUCCAUUCCCGGGCUGUACGCUCAGACAAGGGCACACGUUAAAGCCUCCCUGGCCAGCGCGGAGAGAGUUGCCCUGACGUGCGACGGCUGGACCUCGCGCACAACUGAAGCGUAUGUUACCAUCACGGCCCACUUUAUCAACGAGGAAUGGGAGCUCGUUACGUAUGUUUUACAAACCAGGGACAUGCCCGAGAGCCACACCGGACACAACCUGGCAGAACAUCUGAGAAAGGCCCUCGCUGAGUGGGGAAUCACAGAAAAGGAUCCAGUAAUCGUCACUGACAAUGCCUCAAAUAUGACAAUCGCAGCUGAGGAGGCAGCAUUCACACUUCAUGUCAAAUGUUAUGCUCAUACACUAAAUCUAGCUGCACAGCGUGCCCUCAAAAUCACAGCAGUCGCACGCCUGCUGGGAAGGGUGAGACGCAUUGUGAGUUUCUUCAGACGGAGCACCACAGCCAACCACAUGCUGAAAGAAAAACAGAGGCUUCUACGACUACCAGAGCACAAGUUGAUGACGGAUGUAGUUACCAGAUGGAAUAGUGCGCAUGACAUGCUGGAAAGAUUCCUGGAGCAACAACCGGCCAUCUGCGCAACCCUGCUCUCGAGUGAAGUCAGGAAGACCGAGAAAGAUCUGUGCACACUGACUGAGUCAGAUGUGACAACAGCUGAAGAAGUAGUCAGCGCUCUGAAGCCUAUGAAAGAGGCAACACAGUACAUGUCCAAGGAGAAGACCCCCACACUGUCAGUCGUCGCACCCCUCCAGGACACACUGAUCAACGGACUGAAACCGAUCGAAGGUGAAUCUGCAGUCAUAAAAGAGAUGAAGGCUGCCAUGGCUGGGGAUCUUCAGAAGAGGUAUAUGGACCUCAAGGCAACUCUCCAUGCCUGUUCAGCGAUGGAUCCAAGAUUCAAAAGUCUUCCCUUCCUGACUGAAGAUGAAAGACAGGAAGUUUAUGAUGGACUGAUUGUAGAGGCUGCAAGACUGAGCAUGCAGCCAUCAGAGGUAAGGCAGUGA